ACGGCGCGGAGGCCGAGCGGCCCCGUCACCCUGCAGGACCCGCUCGCCAAGUACCCGCUGCGGCUGCUGGACAAGGAGGAAAUCAGUCAUGAUACUAAGAAAUUCAGAUUUGGGCUACCCUCAACAAAUCAUACAUUAGGAUUGCCUGUAGGCCAACAUGUUUACCUUUCUGCAAAAAUUGAUGGGAAUCUGGUGAUCCGAGCCUAUACCCCAGUUUCCACUGACAAGACAAAAGGUUAUGUUGAUUUAAUUAUAAAGGUCUACCACAAAAAUGUGAACCCCAAAUUUCCAGAAGGUGGGAAGAUGUCCCAGUAUCUGGAUAACAUGAAGAUUGGAGAUACCAUUGAUUUCAGAGGGCCAAAUGGACUCCUGGUCUAUAAGGGGACAGGUACCUUUCUGAUCAAGCCUAAUAAGAAGUCUGAGGCAGAGAAGAAGUUUGCAAAGCACCUUGGGAUGAUAGCUGGAGGAACAGGAAUAACUCCUAUGUUGCAGCUGAUCCGUCAGAUCACAAGCGACCCCAAGGACUCCACAAAAUGUUACCUUCUUUUUGCUAAUCAGACAGAAAAUGAUAUAUUGCUGAGAGCUGAGCUAGAAGACAUUGCCAAGAGGCACCCUGAGCAGUUUGUGCUGUGGUACACACUGGACAGACCUCCAAAAGACUGGAAGUACAGCUCUGGCUUUGUCACUGCAGAGAUGCUGGAAGCCCACCUGCCUCCCCCUGGCAGCGAGACCCUCAUUCUCAUGUGUGGGCCACCACCAAUGAUUCAGUUUGCCUGUCAGCCCAACCUGGACAAGCUUGGCUAUCCCAAGAGCAGUACAUUUGCUUAUUAACAUCGAUGGCACCUGAUACCUUUUUUUGGAAGUACUGCAUAUUUUUCUACAGGAACAGAUGAUGUGCAGCUGUGCAGCAUUUGUGUGUGUGUGUGUUUUAACCCCUUGAUGUAAUUUCUGUGGUUUAUAACUUCAUUAUUACCAUGUGUGUUUUAAUACUAAGUUGAGAAAUCCUCUUGGA